AAAAUUGGAAGAUCUUCUCCUUCACAGAUUUGACAUUACCCUGGGUUGUAAGUGUUUGUGGGAUUCCUGUUUAUUUCAAAGUAUCGAUCCAUUCCGCUUGUACAAAUAAAUAUAUGGCAUAAUAGAAUGAAUUCUAAAUGUUCGAGGUAAUCCGAUACAAAUUAAUCUGAUUUAUUUGCAUGUCGUUGCAAGUCUAACAUCGCUCCUUCUUGAUGCAUAUUGUUUGUUUUGCUUCCGGGUUUGAAAAUCGUGAUCUAGUUGAUCACUUAAACUCCCCGUACCAUGUUAUCAAUAGCGUGUUAUAAAAGCUCAGCGUACGACAAAUCUUUAUUAUCAUUACACAAGGACGUGCGCCACGCAUUUAACCAUCCAGCGCGUAGAUUAAAAGUCCCUGACGCGGGCCGAUUGCUCAUUAUUUUUAUCAACAACCGCGUGAUCUUCCUGCUUUGGAAGGGUCGCUUUACCGGAAUGGCGCUCAUUUUGUCGGAGAAAAAAGCCCAAUUUAAAGAUCACCGCUCUAUGCCCACAUGAGCACGCAGCACGCGCCAGCUUCCCUUGGUCUUCCUUCCUUUUUUGUUUUCUACAAAUCCAUGUUGUUAUUUUACAAACAAUCACGUACGGAGUAGCUCAUCCCCCUCCCUCCCCUACAAGAAUCCCUGCAAGCACCUGUUUCAUUGACGAUUUAGGGGUAUUCCAGUCGGUGAAAAUUGCUAGCCUUGCUUUACGUAUGUCGUGACGAAAUAAAGGGAUGUUCUGUAAUAUGUUUUAUUUGUUUAGCUUUUUCACAUUUAACUGAAAAUAGGUGAAAACGGUCCACAACAUUGGACAUGGAUUCCUUGUGAAAGUCGUUUUGACGCUGAUUUCUAGUUGUUUCUGAAACAAAUGAACACUUUUUUUAAUUACCAAUAUCCAGAUUUCAUUUAGAUAUAAUGGGAAACUGUAUCUUUGGAAACAAAAAAAAGUCUAAUGUAAGUGAAACUAAUGGAUCAAGAUUUCUUGAUAAAGAUAAUAAUAAACGAAGUCACGUAAUAUAAGUAUUGAUCAAUGAAAGACGAAUAUCAUCGCUCUUUCCCUGACAUGAUUUUGCGCUAAAUCUUAAGACGCCGUCGGUGUUCGAGGAAAGAGUAGCGCGCAUAAAGAGCAAUCGAACGUAAUGUCAAGUUAAAAGGGAAAAAGGUUGAUAACAAAAUGUUCAAAUCAUUGUUCGAGCUGACAUUUUGUUUUAUUUAUUAUGAAUACGGAGCUCCCUAGCGCCAUUCUGGCGUUUGGGUGAUUCUAAGUCUCUUGUUGGCGUCUUCAACGACUCUUAGGGCAAACACACGAACAGUUUUUUCACUCAGUUCUGUUUGCACAUUCAUCUCGGGUCUAUCAACCCGUCUAUACCAUGGCCCUUUUGUUUGCCAUUCGAAGGACUCGAAUCUAAGUGAAACCUUAUCUUAAGCAAAGCACUCCCAAAAGUGUCUCAAUUAUUGGAGCAAUUUGCAGUAGGUCUAAAAACGUUUAGGAAUAUUCAUCGAGUUGUAUACUUACUGGCGCUCUCAAACGAAGGACCUUUUCGUGUCAUAAUCAACCCCGGAGGUACCUAAUUUAAGCAUUGUUUCUUAAAGUAUAGCUUAUUAUUUUAUUUACGGUGAUGGAGUGAGCGAAUCGGCUGGAGUUCAUGGUUGUCAGGAAGCGUCGGCUUGGUUUGAUUGGCGGACGUGAUUAGCAGCAUGGUUACAUGCGCCAUAAAAACUUCAUCCCUCGCCGAUUCGCCAGAUCAGAUGAAAUCUAGCUGCAAGCACCGCACGUAGCAAAUCAACGCAACAUGGUCAACGAAUCGGAGGGCGCAUUUUUGGGCAUCAACAAUCGUAGUUCGAGUGAGGCAUUCCCAGGUCGAGAUCUACCGAAGAUCUAUGUUGUGAGAGGAAUUAUUAGUAUUAUAUUGGCCUUUGUGACAAGUUUGGCUAACGGAUUCGUUAUCUUUCUAUUUAUAAAAGACCCACAUAGGAAGAUUCGGAACUCGCCUACGAAUGUCCUUAUUUCAAGCCUGGCGUUCGUCGAUUUUAGCGUUGGGAUCUUACUGGAGCCCAUUAGCGCAUUCUGGUAUCUUACAUACCACGUAGAUAAAGCUGUGCCAUUUCAUGGAAGACACCUCGAGAUGGCUGAGGCGUUUUUGCUCUUGGUUUCUGUAUUCCACCUGUUAGGAAUAACCAGAGACCGUGUCAUGGCGGUUCUCAGCCCGCUACAGUACUCUCAAACAACCCGUAAGAAGUCCUACUUAGUGGUGGUCUGUAUCUGGGUUUAUUGCGUCGCCGCCAUCAUUUCUCUGCGCUUCAUUGGCAAAAGCUAUCUCAGGAACAUCAUCUUCUGUCUGCAUAUUGAUAUAGCAAUUGUGGUUUCCGUGGUGCUUUUCGCCUGCGUCUUGUACUCACUUAGAAAACAAACCAAAACUCUGCAAAGCUUCAAUGUGGACCGAACGGUCACACUCCGGGCAGUCAAGAGAGAGAAAAAGGUGACAAAGACUAUGGGACUCAUGCUAGCAGUCUUCAUACUCUGCACUCUUCCUUGGUUCGUUAUGAUGCAAAUGCUCCCCCUCUGCAAAACCUGCCAGCGUAACAUGGAUAAGCUUAUAUGGGCCUUUAAGCUAACAUUUGUCCUUUUCCAAGCUAACUGUGCCCUGAACCCUUUUCUGUGCGCGUGGAGGUUGCCAAAAUACAACGCCGCACUCAAGGCGAUCUUCCGCUCGAGCUUUUCCCACCCGAGAAAGUGGUCCCAACAGACAACUUUAUCAUUAUCUAUGACCACCAGGAACUCCAGCUUAGUCAAGUUCUAUAACGACGGAUUGACGCUCAAGUCACUAUCGCCCAUUAACCUGGGAAGCGAGAACACUGUUGUGAGUCUAAAUAGCGGAUAAGCAUAUUUUUAUUCGACAGCGCCAUGAAAACAAAUUAAAACAGCUUCACUUCUUCGCUCAGCGCUGUGAACACCUCGUUUUCCAGCAUCUUGAGCAACUUCUGAAACACCUCAUUUGGCAGUACCUAGAACCACCUUUUGAUCACAUUUAUUUGCCAGCACCGUGAACUACUUUUCAAACAAAUUAUGGCACAACAUGAACAAUUCCGCAACACCUCGUUUGCCAUUACCUUGAACAACAUUCGAUAGAGCGCAGUGAACAACUUCCCAAACGCCAUUUGUCAGCAACGCAAAAAAAGGUAACUGGAAAUUUUGUACUCGUUUCUUCUUCACAUGAAUGAGAAUAAAGAAAAUGUUCAUUAAAAGUUUAUCUUGUGAAAAAGACAUUUUGCAGCAGAUGUCAAAGCUUGUAGAAGUCUUAUUUUAUGAGUACAAAAAGGACAAUGGUACAAUUCAAGGCUUGGUCUGACAUGACCUGAUAAGUUUCCAGUGGGUGUGUAAAACCCUUAUAAACGUAUUAAAAUCCUAGGCGACAAGUAA